AUGUAUCCUGUUGCAACGGUAGCGCCCCCACCUACCACACAACCACCACAUACAGUACCUACAGUACCAACCACAAAGCCUACCGUACCAACCACAAAGCCUCCCGGACCACCAACAACACAACCACCCCCAACCAAGCCACCAACCACUCCCAUACCCCUGGACAAGGACGCCCUACUGAAAAAAGCAGCCGAACUCGACAAACUGGCCAAGGACGAAAUCGACAAGUUUGACAAACUGUCACGUCGUGCACUGGUAUCCAACAUCGAGAGCUUGGACCAGACUAUCCUGGAUUUGGCCGCUAAGAUCAAGACUACCUCCGGUGUACUGCCCCUCCAGGUGCUCGAGUCGCAGCUGUAUUGGUUGGAAACGGAGUUGGGAGUGGAGAUCGACGCAAUCGAAUCGGCCUAUAAUAGGAUCAUGAAGAUGGUGAACGACGCCCAGGUAUUAGACGCCCGAAUCGAUAAAGGUAUCGCUAAGGUGGGCCCCGACACCCCCGUUGGUAAGGCCCUCAAAGAGGAGAAGGAGUCGCUCGCAAAAGUGGUGAAUAGUUUAAGAGCGGCCACGGAUGCGAGAACCAUAUCGGUGCUCGAGUUUGACCUGGCUCUCAUCGAGGAGAGGGUUAAUACUGAGCUGCCACCUGGAUACUAAAUAUGUUAUUAAUAAAUUCAAAUAAAUAGUUAUACAAAUAAA